CCUUGCUUCAUUCUCUCUCACCUAUCGCUGCCUGCAUCACUGUCUCACUAGUCACUAGCUAGAGAGAGAGAGAGAGAACCACAGCCAGUUCAGUUGUCCAAUAUAUAUAAUUGCCUUGGUUACAGAGAGGGAACUUAACCAUAGAUAGCAUAGUACCGAAGAAGAACAACUUGUGUCCACAACCAGAGACUAAGGUCGAUCGAGAGGUAGCAACUCGUUGUAGCUCAUUUAAUUGCUUUGGUAGAGAAGAGACCGAUCGGCAGAUGAUAUAUAUAUAGAAGCUAGGUAAUUAGGUCAAACGAGAGAUCGAUCAAGGACAGGAGUGCAACUGCAACUAGUCAGAUCAUCAGAUCAAUCCCAAGCACAGCAACAAGCUAAUUAAGGUACGUUAGGGCAACAAGAUACUGUAAGUAACAAUGGCAAGUGAAGCAGCACCGGCGGCGGCGGCAUCCAUCAUCUCCAACAACAACCCCUGCUUAUUCGCUGCUCCUCUCACCAACCACCAGCAGCAGCAGCAGCAGCUGGCACUCCCUCCUCCCGCCAAGAAGAAGCGCAGCCUCCCGGGCACACCAGACCCUGACGCGGAGGUGAUCGCGCUCUCGCCGCGGACGCUGCUGGCGACGAACCGGUUCGUGUGCGAGAUCUGCGGCAAGGGGUUCCAGCGCGACCAGAACCUGCAGCUGCACCGGCGCGGCCACAACCUCCCCUGGAAGCUCCGGCAGCGCAGCGGCAAGGAGCCCCGGAAGCGCGUGUACGUGUGCCCGGAGAAGACGUGCGUCCACCACAACCCGUCCCGCGCGCUGGGCGACCUCACCGGCAUCAAGAAGCACUUCUGCCGCAAGCACGGCGAGAAGAAGUGGAAGUGCGACAAGUGCAACAAGCGCUACGCCGUGCAGUCCGACUGGAAGGCGCACGCCAAGACAUGCGGCACCAGGGAGUACAGAUGCGACUGCGGCACGCUAUUCUCAAGGCGGGACAGCUUCAUCACCCACCGCGCCUUCUGCGACGCGCUCGCCGAGGAGACGGCCAGGCUCAACGCCGCCUCCAGCGCCGGCGCCGCCACGUCCUACCUCUUCGCGGGCUCGCCGCCGGGGCUGCACCCCAACAUGAUGCUGCCACCGGCCCCGGCCCCGGCCCCGGCCCCGGGCCCGCACCUCAAGCCGCUCGGUCCGCAUGUCGUCGGCGGCCUCUCGCUGUGGGGGGGCGGGGACGCGCUGCCGUCCAUGGUGGGCCACAUUGGUGCUACUGGUGGUAUCCUGCUGCCCGGUGGUGAGCCAGCGGUGCCCCCGCAGCUGUACGCGGAUCUCUUCUCGCCCGCACCGCCGCAGCUGGGCUGGCUGUGCGGGAACGGCAGCAAGCUCGCGUCGUCGAACGCCAGCGAGCUGACGAGCGCCGCCGCUGCGUCGGGGAAGCAGGACACGGACAGCGUCUUCAGCGGGCAGCACCACGCCAAGCCCACGGCGCCGGCCGCCGACAUGUCCGCGACGGCGCUGCUGCAGAAGGCCGCGCAGAUGGGUGCUGUCACGUCCGGGUCCGGCAAUGCGAUGUCGAUGCCGCCGGGGGCCUUGGAGCCGGCCGAUAUUGGUCAUCAUCAGUCGUCGGACGGUGCUGGAGGUCUGCUGUUUAGCGCAUCAAGCCAGCAGAACGCUACUAAUCUCAGGCUCAGGGGAACAGAUACUACACUAAUAAUGAGCCACCUCACAGCGGCGGCCGCCGGGAACAUGCCGUACGACGUGCUCUCUGCUGUGCGCCAUGCCGGCCUCAAGGAUGCUGCCGUCGCCGUCGGGAGGGAGGAGACCAGGGAUUUCUUGGGCGUUGGCGUGCAAGCGCUGUGCUCAUCGUCGUUGAAUGGCUGGAUUUAGCUAGCUACUACCUAGUUCAUGAUGAAUAUGAUAUGAUGAGCUUUCCUUAUUAGUAGUAACUUCAUGACAUUCACGCAUUGAGUAAGAGCCACCACUAAGAGAUGGAGGAUUAUUAUUGAUUAGCGAUCAGCUAGUGUGAAUUUGAAGCACUGUAAGUUGCAAAGUGAGCAACAAUUUUAAACGGAUCGAUGCUUGCAAGUUCACGUACAA